UAGUCAAAUUUCAACAAAAUGGACGUUAAAUAAAAUCUGAACCGUAAACUGUUUCAUGAGUUGUAUCGUCAGAUGCCGCCAUUGAGCACUACUGUGCAUUGGACAUUGCCUGGCUGCUAUUGGAGAUGAGACGCUAUUUUCAAAAACAACACAAAUCGCGCUUGCAGUCAAAUUCUUAUGUGGAAUUGGUUAUCAUUAUCACGUUAUUUUUUCUUAUACCUUUGAUCUGCGAUGGAGGAAUUGGAACGAAGGAUUGUGGAAGAUAUCAAGAGUGAACUUGUUUUGAAUAAACGAGAAAGACAGCGUUUGGCAGAAAAGUUGGACUGUUUAAUCUUGUUGAUUAGAAGGGCUUGGGAAGGUGAGAAUGAAUCAAUCAAUAAAAUAUCUGAAAUUGUCGGAAUUCCAUCCCCUAAAAUUAUUCCAUCACCGAGGAAACGUGAUAGCGAAAAUGAACAAUUGGGACAGGAGUAUCUUCAAUUAACAUCGACCUUGCUUGAUGAACAAUUACAAGUUGAUGCCUCCAUUAAGAAAACAACAAAAGUUUUACGCCCAUCAUCUGGCAAACGUAUCAAAUCUGCAAAUCGAAGUAGAGUCAGACCUUCUAGUCAGCGUUCUGCUACUUCAAAAACACCUGCAAGAUUUACUGAUACCACAAAAAACAUUUCUACAACAAAUAUGGAACUCAGCGGGAAUAAUUUCGAUCCACUUGGAAAAACCUUAUUUGAACAACAACCAAAUCUCUUGGAUGAAACAGAUAAUUUCAAAAUGUCUAACUUAACUGAUGUAUUGCCAUUGUUUUCUGAAGCACGAAAAGAAACAAAAUAUAAUCAGCCUAUAAAUAUGAAUGCAACUCAGAAUUAUCAAGUUGCAGCACAUCCGAGAAAAUUUGAUGACAAAAAUUUUCAAGGAGUUCUCUUUGAUCCUGAUGGAGUAAUUCCUCAAAGAAAGCCUCGCCCUCUCAGUGCAGCACUGCAACAAAGACAAGAUUAUCUGAGAUCUCAGGCAAUAAAAAAAAAGCCAAGACCUCACACAGCAAAGCCAGCUUUCCGUCAUGUUUCGGAUAUUGAAUAUGAUACAAUCAUACGCACACAUCAUGGUCAACAAUCACCAGUAUCUAGUCCAGAAAAUAAACUGAUGGAUGUUUCAUUAGAAGCAUAUAUCAAUAAUGGUAGUAAAGAUAACCCAAUUUCUGUAAAUAUAUCCUCAAAAAGUCCAACUUAUGGGAAAGUUGGAGCCAUAUCACGAAACUUUUUUCCUGAUGAGAGAGACCAGCAGUCAUUUGGAGAUGUGACAGAUGCUCUUCAUCACGUACAAGAAAUGGAACGUAUGUUUAGACGAAAUACAAGAAAGUUGCAACAAAAAAUUGGAAUUCCAGCAGAAGGCUGUAUAUGAUUAAUAUAACUUUCAUAUUAUUCUGUAUUACUUUAUCUCAUUCAUGAAGCUGUUUGAUCUCCUUAUUAGACCAAAUGAUCAAUUCAAAAUCAUAGUAUAUGAUUGUGGGUGCCUAGUUAUAUGGGAAACUCAAACA